ACACACCAGUACCCUAAGUACAUAUGUACACACCAGUACCCUAAGUACAUAUGUACACACCAGUACCCUAAGUACAUAUGUACACACCAGUACCCUAAGUACAUAUGUACACACCAGUACCCUAAGUACAUAUGUACACACCAGUACCCUAAGUACAUAUGUACACACCAGUACCCUAAGUACAUAUGUACACACCAGUACCCUAAGUACAUAUGUACACACCAGUACCCUAAGUACAUAUGUACACACCAGUACCCUAAGUACAUAUGUACACACCAGUACCCUAAGUACAUAUGUACACACCAGUACCCUAAGUACAUAUGUACACACCAGUACCCUAAGUACAUAUGUACACACCAGUACCCUAAGUACAUAUGUACACACCAGUACCCUAAGUACAUAUGUACACACCAGGUUUACAGUGAUGCUAAUCCAUGUGUCAUGUAA